GUUUACUCGAACUGACCAGGAAUAUUGCGCAUAUCUAGAAGAUGAAUCUGGAGGAAAGGGUUACUGGCGGACAAGCUGCGUUGGCUAUGCUUUAUCAGCCAGUGGUUGCCCUCGGCUGAUCUCUGGACCCUCAGAUUGAGCAACACAACAAGGCACAGGCAGCUUCCAAACCAGUUAGAAACAAAGGCAGGACAGAGGAGAGACGUGAAUCAGGGAAAGUCAAAGAAAGACUGAAAGAGCCAUAAUAGGCUAAGUUGUAAUAGUGUGGCAAGGGACAGCAGGAGCUAUAAAAUAAGAGUUAAACAUUGAUAGAAUCUCUCUGAGGUGUAACGGUUGAGAGUACCUUUUAUUUAGGGUUUUGGGGAAGAGUAUGAAAGAUUUGAGAGGACAGGAGGGGGGGUCAGAGGCAGGGGUCCGGUAGGAAGUAAUUGUGGUGACAGCCAGUGCAAGGGGACGAGGACUCAUGUGAGACACAGAGGAAUUAAAAUAUAGGGACAAAGAGAAAGAGGGACUGGCAGACCCAAAACUGGACUUCAGAAUGGGUGUUAAAAGCAAGGCUGCUGCAGCUAUCGUAGUCCUGCUGCUGUUCCUCGGCUCCCUGUGGCUCCAGGGAGGUUUGGAUUACCACUGGGAUUCUUGUUUAAAAGGCUAUAAUCAGGAGAACAAGCUUCACCAGCUGUACAACAGCAGCGGGGCCGAUGGGGCUGAUGGGCCGCAGGUCCUGGAGGGGUGCCCUGGUCAGACCUUCCAGGUGUCUCUUCUGGUCUCCCACCUGCUGGCUGCACCAGUUGACACCUCCGACGUGCUGUUGCAUCCGUAUCUGUCCAGCUGGGAUGAGCUUGUGAGAUUUAUGGAAGCUCUUGGCCCAAUGGUGGGACUAAUAUCUAAGGAGAUAGAAAGCAAGACCUCUAUAAUCCGACAACUAGCCCAGUUGGCAGAAAAGAACCCUGAAGAAGAGCUGGGCCUAGAUGUUCACUCAGUAAACACUGUGAAAACAGAGAACAAUCUGGAGGCCUCACAGUACACUGGUGCUUAUCGUUCUGUGCGCUCCAUGAUCUUGGUGGAGCUGAGCCAAGGACUGGUGGACUUUGACCACCAGACGGAUUCUGGAUGCAGGACUCUUCUGCGUCUGCAUCGCGCUCUGCUUUGGCUGAAGCUCUUUCUGGAGAAGCUGGCGGAGACCCCUGUUGCUGGCCGGCUCAGGAGCCCCUCAGAGCUGUGUCGUGAGGCCUACCAGAACACCCUCGCGAACCACCACACCUGGUUUGUACGCAGGGCUGCCGAGCUGGCCUUCAUUGCCAUGCCAGAGCGGGGUUUCUUCUUCAGGCUGGUGUGUGUGCAGAACCAAGAGGAUCUGAGCGUAGUGCUGAACAAAGUGGUUAAGGCCAUUGGAGAAGUUUAUGACAGGACACAGAAAGCCCUGGAGGAAAAUGGCAUGCUGGACUUGCCAUAGUAAAGGGGGCUGUCCGACUGGACGUACAGCUUACACUGUUUUACCAUGUAUUGCACUGCCUCAUGAUAUUCUGGGCAUCACACAUGAACUUGAUUUUUUACUGCUAAAAUUCACACGUGCCAUAUUUUUUCCUCCCAACCAAAGUGCUGUGUCAACAAUCAACUAAUGCUGAAAGUCAGUAUCCUUUCGUCUGUAGAGAUUCCUCAUCAAAUUAUAUGAGAUCACAACUUAGAGGAGGAGGCAGCUGACACAGAUUGUGAAUUAUUUAAGCAGGUGGACACAAUAGCAUGAACACCACACAUCUAAAGUAAUCCAUGGCAACAACCCUGCAGUAAAUAAAGUAUUAGUGAAGCUUAUAAUGUUCUCUAGGCUGUGUCACAGGGGCAGGGAUUUUGUAAUGGAUUGUAUCAGAUUGCACAGUUCAUGUUUUUGUGCCAACCACAAACAAUAUGUGAUUGUUUUUUUUUUGUUUUUUACAUUCAAAUUCUGUUAAAAAUGACUGCUGUUUUAAUUGUACUCUGUGAUUUACUAUGCUACCUCAAAACCGGCUAGGUCUAGAUGCCUUGUAGCCCUAAAAUCUGGGACCAAUCUAUCCUGAUUAGAGAGAUAUUACACGCAAAGAUGUAAUGAACAAAGGACAUCCUCACACUAACUCUGUCAUGAGUGUGGAGUAUUCAUUUUCAGUUUUACACUGUGAGUUUUUGUAUCAUGUUCAGAAUGAUUAAAUAUCUGGGAAAAAAGAAAAAAGAA